AUGCCUUUAAAGGUACUGAAAAUCCACGCCGGCAAAAUCACGAAACACGGGGAUAUUGAUUACGAAGCUAUUGUCAAAUUGUCCGAUGGAUUCUCCGGUGCGGACCUAAGAAAUGUGUGCACCGAAGCAGGCUUAUAUGCCAUUCGUGCGGAAAGAGAAUAUGUUAUCGAGGAGGAUUUCAUGAAAGCAGUGCGCAAAGUGAGCGAUGCAAAGAGAUUAGAGACCAAACUCGAUUAUAAACCUGUCUGA